AUGGAAUUUCGCUUCCCCAAAAUCUCACAUGAGCAGUCCAAUCCAGUGUCAAGCCUUGGUCGAAAGAAUUCUUCCCCAUGGCGGUCAAUCUUCAAUCGACGGAAGCACUCAGUUGAUACUACGCAAGCAUUGGACAUGCGACCAUACUUGAUCUCCGUCCCACUCGAGCAACGACCAAUGUUGUCAUUUAAGGAAAGGAACGAUCUCCCCCAAGGGCAACAGAGAACACCCAGCCGAGCGAGUUCGAGAGCAUCCUGGUCUCCGUUCGGGAAAAAGGACCGGACAGAGGACGACUCUGUGGGUCUGACGGCUCGAGAAGUAUACCAUCAACGGCGAGUGAAGAAUCCUAAGGUUGCGCAGUCAUACCCGAGUCGAUCUAGAUCCCUCGCUACUCAUGGUAUGAGACCGCAGAUUAGCGCUCCUGUCUACCAGCCCUGGGAUACGUGGGCUGAGACUUCUGAUCUAGUCACUCUCAUGGAGACACAGUCGUUGGUAGGUCCUGAAGAUGCAUCGGAAGCAGUAUUUACACUCACUAGGCACCCUGACCCGGAAGCGAUGAUCACAGUUCAAUACUCUCCACGAACAAAUUCAUCGGGAGCUGCAGAGACACUUGACGAUGUUCAUAGUAACAUUACUGAUGUUCAAGACCUCGCCGAACUCGAUGCAGACAAGAGGAACCCGAUAUUUGAUCGGAUUCAUGCAGAUGGGUGGAACCAAAUCAUCCCCAAGCAAUGGGUCGAUGAUGAAUUUAGCGACGAAGAGGGGAAAACAUCCGCAAGCCAAAGCGUUUAUUCUCAGGAUACCAAAGGUUCUGACAUCGCCAGACAACCUUCGGCGCAUACAUCGCCGAGACAGGGGUGGCAACUUGGUCAAUCCCCGAAGGCAACAUCGCAGUCUGUGGAAACUUCCAAGCCUCGAUUUGUUUUCGAAGACGAUGGUGAUGAGCCAGAGCGUACGAAAAAGAACAGCAGGUGGCACCAGGAUCAGAUCUGGUGGCAGAAACAAACCGAUGCCCUGGAGCUCUCCUCCACUCCGUACCACCAAAACCAAGAAUGUCCAUCAGAUCGCCUUCCAUGCUACAUCGAAACGGUAUCACAAAUCAAACAAGCAGACGAGAGCCCAGCAUCUCGGCCCAAAGGCCUACGUCACAGCGAUGGGAUUCAGAGGGAAAAUUUGACGACCCGAGCUGGCAGGUUGAGGACAAUCACGAGUCCAGCACAGUUAAUACAACUACCCAGCCCUUCACCUAAAAGUCCAACACGCAAAACGGUGGACGAAUUUUACAAUCUUUCAGACUCUGAAUUGUUGACUCCCCUGCCGCUGAGACCCAGGCGUGGAAUAUCCGAUGUUGUUCAGAGUCAUAGAAUCCACGAUGAUGAGCAACAUCAAAGAGACCCCAGGCAGCCCGGAGCGGAAUAUCCCCCUGUUGGUUCCAGAAACCAGUUCGCUAGCACUACUGCAACCUCAGAUCCGCUUGCACAGGGCGAGGCGUCAUCAUCGUCAGAUCGGUCAUGGGAAACAAUCCGCUUUGAAUCUGAAGAGGACGAAGGCCAGAAGCGGAAGCCUUAUACCGACGCAGAGUCCGAACCCUACGGAGCUGUGACGAGUACCGUUGACAGACACGACCUUUGCUCCAGUCACGGCGGAACGAGACUAAAGCCAAAUCCUGAUUCCAAUGAAAGCAAGCUCGCUCGCGAAGUCGAUGAAAUCCUCAAUCUCUACCUCACUGGCGGCGACUCCACAUCCCAUCUGAGCACAUGGCGCAAGAAACCGAACGAACCAUGGUCGACACCAGACUACGCCGAGGAACUUGUCGCCACCCCUCCGCGAUACAGCGACACACACAAUCCACCCACGUCAAUAAUCAAGCCACCAUCUCUAUCCUUCGACUCCUCAACCCAUGUCCCCUACCCGACCACGAACCCAUCAGUCCAAACCACCACGCCGAACCGCCCCGCCCGCUCCAGCACCGAGCCGCUCGCCACAUACUCGCACGACUACCGAGCGACGCCACGGCACGGGCAUGCACGAGCCUCGAAACCCUCGCACCACCAAUACCGACACGGCUACCGCGGCGACACUUUGGCGACGCUGACGCUGCGUCAGCAUGCGCGGUUCGCCGGAGAUCAUCCUCAAAGCCCCGGUAGUCGCCGGUGCAACGGGUAUGAGAAAACCAGCGGCAGCGGCAGUGGCAGUGGCGGUGGAAGUGGCAGUGGAAGUGUCCGGGAGCGGAGGAGGACGAGUAAUCCUGGCGUCACGCUGCCUGUCACGGUCAUUGAUGAGUUCGGCAAUACGUGGAUCUGA